AUGCAAGGAUUUAGAUUUUUGAACAGAAAAAAUGACCAGCGUAUACACAAAUGUUUCUACAAAUGUAAUGCAAAUAACCGGAUUACAAAAAUAGUAAGGGAAGUAUACCUGAGAAAUGACAUAAGUUGUGGAAUAGAAAAAUGCAAUAUAUGUGAAAACAAAGAAAAAAAAAAGUUCCUAGAUGGAGAUAGAAACAUUCUUAUAUUAGAUAUAAAUUCGAUAAUAAAAUAUAUAGACUUCCUAUACGAAUGUAACAUAGACAAUAUAUUAAUCCCACUGACAAUAUAUGAACAUGUAAAAACAUUUAAUAAAAUAUUACAUAAAAAAUUACGUGAAUUGUGUUAUGAGACAGAAGAAAGUAUACCUAAUAGUACCAAAAGGUAUAGCAUUUUUGCAAAUAAAUUUUGUAAAUUUACAUAUGUAGAUGAUAAUAUUGAUAAAAAUACAAAACAAAUACAAGAAAUUAUAAAAAUUGUUAUAUGGCUAAAGCAUCAUAAUCAGAAUCUUAAUUUAACUGUUAUAACUAAUAAUAUGUUUUUAAAAGAUGAUUGUUUAAAAAAUGAUAUUUCCUGUUUUACCUUGUACGAACAUGUGAAGGGGUUAAAAAGAGGAAAUAAAAAAAAGGCUGCAUAUGGUGAUGCCAUAGAUUUAAAUAUGUUGAAAAUGUAUUUCGAAGAAGACAUCCAAAUGGAUGAGGAACAUAAGAAUCAGAUGAACGUGGAAAAUUCUCAUCCCAAUUGGAGUGAUAAUACGUACCCAGAAAAUGAGAAAAAACGAAUAUUCGAGCCACAUUUGGAAAAAAAAGAAAUAAUUCAAAAGUUGAGAGAUAACCUUAUAGUUAGAGGAGUUUUCCAAGUAAUCUGCGUUAAUAAAAUGGCCACAGUAAAAAUUACAGAUACGGAAGAAGUUCUAAUAAAGGGGUCCAAACGUAUGAAUAGAGCAAUACACAAUGAUGUUGUAGCUGUGCAGGUUAUUCAAGAAGGAGAAGAUGACCUUUCGAUGGACGAGGAGGAUUACUUUGAGGAGUUAAUAAGUCCAGAGGAGGAAGAGGAAGAGGAAGGGCAAAUGAAAAAGAAGCUGGAAGGGGAAGAGCAAAUGAAGGAGAAGCUAGAAAAGGAAGGGCAACUGGAAGAGAAGCUGAGCUUAAAGGAGCACGGCCCCUCAAUUGAAAAAGGAGAUAACCAUAAAUCCCCAAAUAACAAUGUAAGAAAAAAUAAAUUAUACGGAAAAGUAGUAGGAAUUAUUAGCAGAGGAAGAAAAGAAUAUGGAGGAGUUAUAAAAUCCUACGACAAAGACAAAAGUGGACACAUAAAAAAGAUUUUAUUUUUUAAAGCUUUCAAUAGUAAAAUACCAUAUAUUAUAAUAAAAAGUAGUAUGGAAGAAGAAAUAAGGAAUAAAAGAGUAAUUGUAGUUAUUGAUAGGUGGGAUUAUAAUUCUAAACAUCCCUUAGGAAGAUGCCUAAGUGUAUUAGGUAUAUGUGAUGAUAUCGAAGCAGAAACGAAGUUGAUUUAUAAUGAAUAUAACAUAUCAACUAAGGAGUUCAGCGAAAGUGCUUAUAAAUGUUUACCACCAAAUGAUUGGAUAAUACCGGAAGAAGAAUAUAUUAAGAGAAAAGAUUUUAGGAAUGUAUUAACCUUUAGUAUUGAUCCACCAGGAUGUGAAGAUAUUGAUGAUGCCUUAUCAGUUCAGAUGUUUGAAGAAAAGAAAAUUAUACAAGUUGGAGUGCACAUAGCAGAUGUAUCAUAUUUUGUAAAACAGAAUAGUGCUCUAGAUUUAGAAGCCUCCAAGAGAUGUACAACAGUUUAUUUAAUAAAUCAGAGAGUUGAAAUGUUGCCAAAAUUGUUAACUACAGAUUUGUGUUCAUUGGUAGAAGGUCAAGAUAGAUUGACAUAUAGUUGCAUCUUUACAUUUGAUGAGAACUAUGAAAUUCUGGAUAUCACUGUGAGUAAGUGUAUUAUUAACAGUAAUAAAUCUUUUUCUUAUGAACAAGCGCAGAAUCUGAUUGAUAACAAGAAGGAUUCUACUCCUACGGCUGAAUCGUUACGAUUAUUAAACAGUAUUGCAAAGCAUUUAAAAAAGAAAUGGUUAAAUGAAGGGGCAUUAGAGUUAAGAGGCAAUUCGGAAGUUUUAUUCGAAUUUGAAUCGAACGAUUUUUCAAAAACGAAAAAUUUAAAACCUUAUGUGUCAUAUGAUACUAAUAAAUUGAUAGAAGCAUUUAUGCUUUUAGCUAACCGAUCCGUGGCUAGAAUAAUUUUUCAAGGAUUCAAAGCAGCUAGCGUUUUGAGAAGACAUCCACCACCGAAAAAUGAAAAUUUAAAAGAAUUAAAUGAUUAUUUAGAAUCCAUAAAUAUCCACGAUUUUAAGUACAGCACAUCUAAAGAGUUAUCUCAUUCCAUUAAUAACAUAAAUUUAAAAGAUGAUCAAAUUCUAUCAAAUAUUUUAAAAAUCCUCAUUACCAAAUGUAUGAAUGAAGCUGUUUUUAUUUCAGGCUAUAAUGUACACAAUAACGAAAUGUUAAGGCAUUAUGGAUUAGCUGCUGACAUUUAUACCUUUUUUACAUCCCCCAUUAGGCGAUAUGCAGAUAUAAUGGUACACCGAAUACUCAAUCAUAUUUAUGAUAUAGAAAAAUUAGACAAUAAAUAUGUGGAUGUUAUUUAUUUAAACAAACAAAUAUCUUUAUUAAAUGAAAAGUAUAGAAAUGCUAGAUUUGCUGGAAGAGCAUCUGUUGAAUUCUUUUCCUAUCUUUACAUUAAAAAAGUAGGGAAUCAAAUAACCAAUGCUGUAAUUACAAAUUUAAAAAAAAAUGGAAUACAGAUAUUUUUGCCAGCUUAUUCUGUUGAAGGUAUUUGUUACUUAAAAAGAAAAGACGGGUUUAUGUUUGAUGAGAAAAGAAAGCGAUUUAAAAAGGUGGACGAAAAUAAUGAGGAACUGUUUUCCCUCAAUUUUUAUGACAAUAUUCAGGUACAUAUGCAGGUGGACAAUUAUGACAUAAAGUGCCAAAAUAACUUUGUCUUUAUAAAGAAGUUCUGA